GUGCAUAUAUUUGCACCGAUGGUGUUAGCCGGCGGUAGUUUGAGUAACGGAGAUCCGGUCGACAAAUUGAUGGGAUCAGCUAUCAAAUUCAUGGCUAUAGGUGCCAAUGAAAAACUUAAUAUGAAUGUUGACAUCAAACAAGUUAUCAAUGAUGUCAAACCCGACCUGAUUGUCGUCGAUCAUAUGAUUACUAUACCAUCUAUAGUGACAUCGGGUAUACCGUGGAUCUCAUCGUGGAGUAACGGCCCCCUAACACUUGACUGGAUUAUCAACGAUUAUCACGGUUUGCCUCCUGGAGGCUCAGGUUUACCAACCAAUUAUGACAAAGUCGUAUCAGAAAAUAUUAGACAUAAAGUGAUUCAAGGUAUACAUGAGUCAUGGGUUAAAUACAAUAACUAUUUAGUGGCCAACGGCUGUCCCGAACUAAAACCGGGACAAAUAAUGCAUCCGUCACCGUAUGCUAACAUUUAUAUGACACCCAAAGAGUUAGACUAUACUGAUGUUAGGCCACUGCCGGAUAAUUUCUACGGAUUUGAUUAUUAUAAGCGAUCGGGAAGUGAACAAACAUUUGAAAUACCCGAACAACUUCGCGAUAAACCGGGAAAACUCAUAUAUUUUUCAUUGGGUUCAAUGGGAAGUGCAAAUGUGGAUCUAAUGAAAAGGUUGAUCAAUAUUUUGGCCAAAUCGCCCAAUCGUUUCAUUGUCUCUAAGGGUAUGUAUCACAACACUUACUCAUUGCCGGACAACAUGUGGGGCGAGAGAACUGUUCCACAGAUACAGGUGCUGUCUAUUUGUGAUCUGGUUUUAACACACGGCGGCAAUAAUACAGUAACUGAGUCAAUGUUUUACGGAAAACCUAUGAUAGUAUUGCCGCUAUUUUUCGAUCAACACGAUAAUGGACAGCGUCUGACGGAAACGGGAUUAGGUGUGCGCCUCAACCCGUUUACGUGCACUGAUCGGGAAAUGUUAGACUCAAUCGAUAGACUACUAACUGAUCAGUCAUUAGCCGUGCGAUUAACUAAUAUUUCUCAUCGGAUACAAACUGAACGACGAAUUGAAGGAAUUAAUAAUAUUAUUGAUAAUAUUGUUAAUAAAUAA